GAAUCUACCAAUCUGAAGCCGUUAAAUUCUCAACAGAAAAUAUUUCAAUUUCCACAUGGACAUCUGGCUUUUGUUUACGAUUGAUAAUUUGACAAUUGUAGUAGUGAAAUUUAUGAAAAUCUCAUGAGAUAUGGAAAAUAAGUCAACGAAAGAUCAGCGAGUAGAAAACUCAGAUGUCAACCAAGAUGAGUUAAUUCUUCAACAGCAAAGACGUAUAGAAAAGGAGAUAUCUGAAUCUAUAGCUUUAGUUGGGGAAAAGGAACCAUUGAAAAGUUUAGAACAAGAAUAUACAGAAGAUGAAGUAUAUUUGUCAAAAGCUAAAGCUUUGGGAGAAAAAUAUUCUUAUAUCAGAAGAACGAGGCCCGAUGGCAAUUGUUUCUUCAGAGCCUUUAGUUAUGCUUAUCUUGAAAAAUUAAUUGGAGAUAAAAAUGAGUAUAACAAGUUUAGAGAACUUGCUGUUAAAAGUAAAGAGAAUCUUGUAGCACUAGGUUUUCCUCAAUUUACUGUCGAAGAUUUCCAUGACACGUUUAUGGAAGUGAUCGACAAAGUAGGUGGAGACACAGAGUCUAGUUACUUAGAACUACAUAAGCUUUUCAAUGAACAAGGUUAUUCUGAUUAUGUUGUUGUAUACCUUAGAUUAAUUACUUCUGGUCAGUUACAAAGAGAAGGUGAUUUUUAUCAACAUUUUAUAGAAGGAGAACGAACAAUAACAGAAUUUUGUCAUCAGGAAGUAGAACCAAUGUAUAAAGAAUCUGAUCAUAUUCAUAUUAUAGCAAUGAGUACUGCUUUAGGUACAGGUGUUCGAGUUCGUUACAUGGAUCGUGGUGCUGGAACUGAAGUAACAGCCCAUGACUUUCCAGAAGGCUCUACACCAGCUGUUCAUUUACUUUAUCGUCCUGGUCAUUACGAUAUACUUUAUCCUUGAUAAAUGAAAUCUAAAGCCAUUAUUCAUUUCUUUCUUUUUUUUUUUUUUUUUUUUUAAGUUCGUUAUUAAGAAAUAUACUUUUAUUUAAAUGAUUUUUUUUCCCCAAUAUACAUUUAAAACGAUCAAAAUAUGAAAAACUAUUUUUUACUGUGAACUCUAAUUUUACGAUUUAGUUUAUUGAAAUUUUAAAACAAACAAAAAUUAAUUAUUAUGUCAUUCAAACGUGAAAUUAUUAAAUGUG